AUGAUCGCGGUCCUGCACAGGCAGAUCGCAAUCAUCGCGAUUCUGCAUGUGCAGAUCGCAAUCAGCGAGAUUCUGCACGUGCAGAUCGCGACCGCGAUUCUGCACGUGCAAGUCGCGAGCGGGAUUCUGCGCGUGGCGAGCGUCAGAUUCGGGAGCCAGCACGCGAGGAUCACCGCCCCGAUUCUAAAAGAAGAAGAAGAAGAAGAAGAAGAAGAAGAAGAAGAAGAAGAAGAAGAAGAAGAAGAAGAAGAAGAAGAAGAAGAAGAAGAAGAAGAAGAAGAAGAAGAAGAAGAAGAAGAAGAAGAAGAAGAAGAAGAAGAAGAAGAAGAAGAAGAAGAAGAAGAAGAAGAAGAAGAAGAAAGUCAGAGACAAUCAGAGAGAAGAGGGAGACAUGAAAGAGACAAACAGAGAGAAGAGAUAGAAGAGAGAGUCCGAUUGAAAGAGGACGAUGGAUUCUACAAUUGUGUAACACAUGGGUGGGCAUGUGCGCCCUACACGUCAGCCAUGGUCAUAGGAGGGUAUCUCCCUACAACGCGUUGCGUUUAA